UUAUGUUGGUGCUGUUUGAAAGCAUUGCCAUUACCAAACCAGGAGUAAUGCACUAAGUCAGUACAGAGUACAAGGGGCGGGGAGGGGAGGUUUGCCCUCUAGGAGUCGCUAUUGCGCCUUCUUAAUGACGGCCGUGGAUGAAGUCAGGUUCUCUGUCUGGGACACCCCCCCCCCCAAAGAACUUAAUGCUGCUGUUUGGGUGGCGUCGCUCUAUUCCAAUCGUCUCUCCAUGCAGAAGAAUCAUCACAAUAUAAAUUGAAUGUUAUAAAAGAUCAAAAAGGCCGUUUCUUAAAUGGAAAUUAAUCUCUAAUGUAGAAUAUGAGCACUAGACAUCAAUUAAACAGCGUUAUGUUAGAGUGUGAUCUAGUGUAAUGGCAGGGAACAACCCAGACAGGGCGGCAGCCCAUCGCAGGGCACGUAGCCUACAUGUAAUGGUUAUAAUAACACACAUGAUUUAAAUGUUUCGCGAGGUUGCUCGUCACACUCACUAUCUGCGGCCAAAAUUCACCAUACAGUAAGUCAUACCUGUAUAAAAUAAAGACAUGUUGAAUGUGAAUUAACACUUGCUGUAAAAUAAUUCCUUGUAGAAAAUCCACAAAAGAACGGAUUGUGGAAACUUAGAGAAAUAUGAUGUCGUAAGCAAAAUAUGAUUGAUGUAAUGGCGAGGGUGGAGGCUCGUGUUCCUGCGCCGCUUUCGAAAUGGAAGGAGCGCCUCUCGUGUUGCUCCAGAAUCCAGGAGGAGCUUGUCACGGUAUUUAAAUGUUUUUUUUUUCUUUUUUAUGAAGCUUUAGAGCAGUAAAGUACGCAAGAGUAUUUCCUCUAGGAGGACUUACAUAUAAUUUUCAAAAAUUAAUUUCUUUGUGUGAGAACGCUGAAGAUCCUAUACGACUCCUAUACAAUAAUAAGAAGUUUAAGAAAAGAGAGAGAAAACGAAAGGUACAAACUGAGAUAAAAGAGAUGCGAUAUUCUUUGGCGUGAGAAGUGACCUGCGGCGGCGCCUAGUCAGGAGCUGCUUUUAGAAUUAAAAAUAAAAAACCCCUUUCGUGAGAAGCCGGAAAAGCCGCAAGGCCACCGCACGCAAUCAAUGGACUUACAUGUGCCUGCCGCCGGCUCCCGGUAUGGAGGCGGCUGGGCUGCCCAGAAUGGCAGAGGGAACACCCAAAACCGCACCAGGCCCGCUGAGAAUGAGAGCCUACGAUUCCUGAGUCGAGAGGAGAGGGAGUGCAUCAGGUUUUUGGAGGAGACCAUCGACUCACUGGAUGAAGAUCUGGAUGAACCAGAUGAAAAGCGUUUGUCAGGGAGUGCCAACCCAGCAGUACACCGCCCCAUCACAGCUGCUACAGUAAUGAUGUCAGGACGAUCUGUCAAUCCCAAGGAUCAAGACAUUAUUGACCUGGUCCAAAAGCAGCCCAAGGAAGCCCUGUACAGCUCCAUCCAGCAAGAUUUUCGCAGUAUGACUCACCCGGAGACUCAUUUUGAAAUGAAGGCAAAACCAGACCCCUUGGGAAACCUUCCCUAUGAUUUAAAACUUCCACCCACUGUGACCCCCUCAGCAGCUAAUAACAACCCCAGUGCUACCAGCCAGCCACAGUACCAGCCUGCUGGUUUUGUCCCCACCCCGGUCAUCAUCGCUCAGAAGCUUGCGGCCCAUCAGAGAGCCGCGGGCAUCAGCUUGCCUUCUAGCAUCCUCUCCAAUUCCCGCCGAAGCUUGGACUCCAACCCCCAGGACCACGCAUCCACCGCAGCCAAGCCCAGCCAUUACCCAGACAAUAUAAGUGUCAUCAUGGGAAGCAAGCAUAAUGACGCCCUGCCACCUAUUAAUGUCCAGGAGCGAAAGGCCCAGGUUCUGACCCACCUUACAGGCCCACUUCAGCUGGAGGACACAGGCACGAAAAACACUCCAAUCCGAAGUUCCUCCUAUCGGGAUCCAACUCAGGAUAGAACCAGAAUGGAGGCUCUCUCCAAGCUGGGCCUUAAUGCAAACCAGCCCUCAUCUAGUAGCUACUACAGGGCUGUCAACAAAAACAAGGCAAACUCCUCACUGACCAGCAGUUAUGCCGAAAAGUCUCCACUCUCUUUAGCCUCCAGUGCAAGGACAACCCCUUCUGCCACUGAUUUCAAUAACUAUGGGGACAAAAGCAAGUCACCAAAAACCAGGUCUUCCAGUAUGCUGGAAUCCCGUGGCAAUGUUAAUGCUACACCUGACAGUGUGCCUCCCUUAACUGACUUCAACCAUUAUGGAGGUAAGACCAAAAUCAUGAGCCUGGUGUCAUCCGUGAAGAGCAACACUGCUGCCAACCACCCCAUUAGCCAUGAAAACAGGUCUAGCAUGGCACCUCCACCCUCAGGUGCAGAGGUAUCAACCAACAGUUUUGGUGGCAAAAGUAGAUUCAUGGCUCCACCUACAUCUUCGAAGACUGAGCCUGCUGCCAGUGAGGCUAUUAAGUAUGAUGCCAGGUUGCCCAAACCUAGUGCUGGAGCUAAUAACAUUGGUAUCACAAGCAACAGUUAUGGUGGCAAAAGCAAAGUCAUGAAUCCCUUGAUGUCAACACCAGUUGUACCUGAGGUUCUAUUGAGUGACAGUUAUGGUGCAAAAAGCAAAGCUGUGAGCCCUGCAGUGAUCUCCAUCAACAGGCCCGAGGUAUCUGCCAGCAACCUAAACCAGAAUGUCCCCAUUACCACUCCCAGACCAGCAUAUGCUCUGCCUAAUGCUUCUCUGGGUCCACUGGCAAGCCGACCAGAACCUGUGCCAUCUGAUGUCACUGGGCUGUCGCACCAAAGCAGUGGGGAUGGUGCCACCGCUGGAGCACCCCCAUCUCAGGCAGAACGACGGCUGUCCUUCUCCAAGCCCGCGGCACAACUGCGCCCCCAGGGCAUCACGGUGCAGUUCACAGGACGUGGGCCCACAGAUCAAUCCCGCAAGGAUGCCCUGCGUGUACUGGGGCUGCUUAAGAAAGGGUCGGGGUACUCUUCCUGAGAUGAUCUUACUGGUUGUUAGUCCAUCCUUUCCCCUUCAAUAACAUCUCAAUACUAAAUUCUCGCUUUUGCAGUCGUAUCUAUCUCAUUCCCCCCAGAGCUUGAACAAACUUAGACAGUAGGAUGUGACGGCCAUCCAAUCGGAAUGGGAAGUGAAGGAGAAAGAAAUACAUUAUGAAUAACAAGACAAGGCAUUAAUGUUCAGACAAGAAGUAAUUAGCACCAAGAUCAAACACUUACUGUGUGUGCCUGGAAGCCAUUAAAACAGCUUAAAUCACAACCAUCAUAUAUUGGUAGAGCAUAUGUUGGUUAAUUCCUGAAGAGGGCUGGCCUCUGUGUUGAGUUCUGCAUUGAAAGUUAGUCCGUCAUUUGUUUUGCAAGUUUUGAUGGGUGGAAUAACUGGUUACAGGUAUAAAAAAAAUCAGUUACAUGCAGUGCCAUCAUAAUGUCAAGGUGUGAACUAUAUGUCAUGUCUUAUGUCAAACAUGGGUGUAACUUCUGUAAGAUUACACUGUUUUUCUCCUCUAGCAACAUGGUGUGAAGGAUAUCGAUCUUGUGUGUCAGCUCACGCUGGAAAAAAAAUGUGUUUACAGAGUUGACAGAAGAGAGAAAUGUGUAGCAGUGAAAACUAUAGAAUUUAUUUAUGAUUUGUUUCCAUAUUUAGAUCAAUAUUUAUGAACUUAAUUAUGUAGAGUUCAACUGUUCUACUUAAAGAUUUUAUUUGCUUGAUUUUUUAUGUUUUCUAACAGAUGUGUAAAUGUAAAAAAAAAAAAAAAAAACACCAGAAAGUUUAAAAGCCAGUUUAAUUGCACAUAUUGAGCCAGUUUUGGGUAUGACAUGGUCUCACCGUUCUCUGUAUGGUUGUUGGUUCAAAUGAAAUCCCUGCUGUAUGUUUGCAUGCUCCUAUAUAAUUGUGGGUUUUCUCCUGCUACGUGUAUCAUGCAUGUGUCCUAUGAAUUACUGGUAUUACUGGUAAGCUGUGCCCCACUUAAAGCCCCCCAGCCACCUCCUGCAUCUUCCGACCCUAAUUUUAAAGGUAUUAUUGUCAUUGUAAAUUAAUGUUUUAACAGUAUGUAUUGGUGUAUAUGGCAUACAUUUAUGCUGUAUUCAAAGGGCUGGGUAUUUAAUGCUCAUGUACACUACAUAAUGACCAAAUUCAAGAAACAACAUGAGUUCUUCUCUUCGGUAAUGAUGUUUAAGUUUAACCACACUGCUGGCAAAAUAAUAUAUUUAAGUCCGAUUUAAUCUCCACCCAUUAAAGCCACAAACUUGUAUUAAA